GUGUGUGUGUGUGUGUGUGUACAGGUGUGUCUUCUCACCAUGCACCUUAUUUCUCACAGUUAGUGAUACGUGACACACUGUAUUUCAGAAUGUCUAUUCUUCUGUUCUCCAUGAUGAUCCUCUUAGCUACAGGAUCACCUGAAACAUACAGGCAGCCCCAGUGCAUUGAGAUGGCAGAGAUCAUGGCGUGUCCUCUAAACCUGGCUCCAGUGUGCGGCACAGACGGAGUCACCUAUGCCAACGAUUGUGACCUGUGUGUGCAGAGACUGAAAACUAAAGCCAACAUCUUAAUCGCCAAAGACGGCAGCUGCUGAUUCCUUUAAUGACAAGAAUCCAGUCGUCUGAUUAAAGCUUUUGUGAAGGUUC